AUGGAUAUAAAGUGGGUUUUAUUGCUAGUCUGUAAUACUCUAGAUACCCCCUCCAACCACCAGAGAAUCACAUCUUUCAAGCAGAUCAAAACACUAAAUAUGAGAGUGGUGUUAAGUAGAAGAGUGCUCAGGUUUGCCGUCUUUGUUACACUUUCUUUCUUUUUCUUGUUGUUUUUUGUUUCAAACACAGCUUCGAUUUCAAAGUCAGAUGGCAUUCUGGGGAAUUUCCAAUUACCCGAUAUGUCCCAGUACAUCUUCCAUGCAGGUGAGCCUCAGCUGGGCUCUGCGAACCUGACCGAUCCAUUCGGGAUGUCCGAGUCAACCCAGAACAAACUGGAAGCAUUGAGAGCAGAACUAAACGACAAGGACAGUCUGAUCAACCAAAGACUAAGGAAGGAACAAGAGUUCAGGUUCCUGGAGUCGCAGAAUAUCGAGUCCUUCAAUGCGUUGAUCAGCAAUAAUCUCAAUGAUUUCGAUUUCAAUACAAAUUUGCAAGGCUUGAGUGACGAGGAUAUAUUGAAACAGAGCGAGAUUCCUGCCAAACAGAAGGAGGCUGACAAAUUGAAAUUGGAGAAAGCUAUCGCUGCUCAGAAAAGUUCAAUUGAAAAGCCGGGGAAAGAUGAUCUAAAUAAAUAUUUGGGUGUCUCGUAUGCUAAUGUUGGAAAACGACCAAAAGCGUGUUUCUUAUUUGUCCUGCAUCAACAUUUGAAGUUCCAAACCGUGGAACAGAUUGUCAAGUCAGUGACAGAGCUAGAAGAAAAAUUCAACAGUAAGUUUAGAUAUCCGUACGUUUUCAUCGCUGAGACUGAAUUCACUCCAGAAGAAAAGCAAUUGAUCACAACCGAAAUUAAAUCGAAGGUCGACGUCCAAUUUGGUGUUAUUCCAAAGAAACUAGUUGACUAUCCAGAGUGGAUCGACCAAAACAAGGCUGCCGCAGGCAGAUCGAAGUUGUACAACACACCUUUUGGUUCAUCGGAAUCCUUCAAAUUGAUGCAAAGAUAUCUUUCUGGUUUCUUAUGGCAGCACGACCUAUUAGCAAACUUCGACUGGUAUUGGAGAAUUGAACCAAAUAUUAGCUUGUAUUGUGAUAUGCAAUACGACAUUUUCAGAUGGAUGCAAGACACUGGUUCCGUCUAUUCAUUCAUCUAUUCUGAAAAGACAGAACAGGACGCGGUCUCUUCGAUUUGGAAGUCAACUAAGCGUUUCUGGAAAGAAAAACCAAACUAUGUCGUCAAGAACAAUCUUGAACGUUUUGGAUGGAAGAAUAAUGGUCAAGACUAUAACUUAUGUUAUUUCCUAUCAACUUUGGAAGUAGGUAAUUUGAAUUACUGGAGAUCACCAACUUAUAAAGAUUAUUUCGACUUCAUAGAUCAUGAAGGUGGUAUCUUUUAUGAAAGAUGGACGGAUGAAGUUAUAAGAACUCUUGCUCUAACUAAUCAUGUCGAUAAGACAAAGAUUCAUUUCUUCCAAGAGAUUGCUCUGUCUUAUGAUGGAAAACUAAAUUGCCCAAUUGAUAAUUUUGUCUGGAAGGAUAACAAUUGUAAUUGUGAUCAAGGUGACGAUUUUACUUUUAGCACAAACUCAUGUACAGUUAGGUAUUAUGAUGAAAGAAAAAUUAAGAAACCAGACGGAUGGAAUAGUUAA